AUGAUCACAGCCCCAGAACCGGCUGUAACUUCCACCAGCAACACCGACAGCGACAGCAGCACCCGCAAAGAUGCGCCCGUCCAAACGCAGACGAAUCUUCUCCCAAUGCGCCAGCUCCUGAUCGUUUUCUCCGGCCUAUCGACUGCGAUGCUAUGCUCCAUGCUCAAUCAAACCAUCGUCGCCACCGCCCUCCCAACCCUGGGCGCCGUAUUUCACGAAGCCGACAUCGUGGCGUGGGUAGGCACCGCCUACCUCCUCACCAGCACCGCUUGCCAGCCCCUGUACGGCCGGCUGAGCGAUAUAUUUGGUCGAAAGGUGAUUCUGCUCGGCUCGUUGGGGAUUUUCCUGAUUGGGAGUGUCUUGUCCGGAGUGUCGCGGGACAUGAUUAUGUUGAUUGUUUCGCGUGCCAUUGCAGGAAUUGGCGGGGGCGGAAUUGUCACGGUCGUCAGCAUUGUCGUAUCCGAUGUUGUCUCCCUCAAGGAUCGGGGCAAGUAUCAAGGGAUCAUCGGCGUGGUGGUCGCCGCAGGGACGGCGAUGGGGCCGGUGAUCGGAGGCGUAUUCACAGAGAAGACUUCGUGGCGGUGGUGUUUUUAUAUCAGUGUUCCGCUGUCGGCGGUCGCGAUCGUGAUUGUCGCGUUUGCCCUGCCGCUCAAGAAGGUCGAAGGGAAUGCGAUGGAGAAGAUCAGGAAGAUUGAUGGCUGGGGGAGCUUGAUUAGCUUUGCAGCUUCAAUUGCGAUUCUGUUGCCGAUUUCCUGGGCUGGGACGCGAUAUGCCUGGACCUCGGCGGCGGUUCUGGCUCCGCUGCUGAUCGGAGUCUCGCUCAUAGGGGCUUUUAUGUUGGUUGAGGUCAAGGUGGCCAGACUACCUUUUCCCCAACCCGACCCCCUAUUCCAAGCCUCCAAGCCAACACUAACAACAAAUUCCCCUCUACUCCCCCAAUUCUACCAAGUUGCCCAGGGCGACUCCGCCCUCCGCUCUGGAAUCCUCAUCCUCCCGCUCGUCCUCUCCCAGAUCAUCACGAGCUUCACCUCCGGCUUCCUCGUCUCCAAAUACGGGUGCUACCGCAUCAACCUGAUCGUCGGAUACGGGCUGUGGACGAUCGCCUCGGGGGUCUUCACGACCGUGGACCCUGCCACACCCGCCUGGAAGCUCGUCGUCUACCAGUUGAUUACCGGACUGGGGAGUGGACAGACCCUGCAGACGACGCUGGUGGCGAUCCAGGCGGCUGUGCAGCGGCACGAGAUGGCCGUCGUGACGGGCGCGCGGAAUUACCUCCGGAUGAUGGGGUCGACGCUGGCCGUGGCGGCGAGUGCGGCGAUUGUGAAUAAUGUUGUUCGUUCGAAAUUGACUGGCCUGGACUUUGAUUCCGCUGUGAUUGCGGCCAUCGUAUCCGAUCCGACGACAAUUAGGUCAAUGAGUGGAUUGUCCGAGGUGGAGGUAACGGAGGCGUUGGAUGCGUAUGCCAAAGGUGUGCAGGUGACCUAUUAUAUGAUGACGGUGCUGGCGGGGGUACAGUUCCUGCUCUGUGUGUUCUUCGUCAAGGAUUACUCGCUGGAGCGCGAGGAUGAUGCCCGCGAGAAGGAGGCGGCGAAGAACUGGCUUCAGGAGCGGAAAAGAAAACAAAACGGGAAGGGGACUGUGGCGGAGGGGGUGGCUGGGGUGGACGAGACUGAGGAUCGGACAGAGGAGCGGCGGAGAGAGGUUGAAGAUAGGGUCUAG